ACAUUUUCCUGUUGGGCAAGCAAUACAAAAAAGGAGCGGCACCAGACGGUCCGCAGCUCGUCGCAUAGCUGCCAGAUCCCAGCACACCCUGCCGAACCGACGCACGGUGCGACAGCGGCGCGCCACGACGUAAAGGGCAGCAGGUUGCAAGCACAUCGGAACUGACGCGACGGCAGCAGCACACAAGUAGGGGGCAGCAUGGCCCAGCUCCUCCAGAAUAAGGUGCGGGCCCUCGUCUCGAAGAAGAAGCAUAGGAUGAGAGAGGACGGCUUCGAUCUGGAUCUGACCUACGUCACACCACGUAUAAUAGCCAUGGGCAUCCCGUCCGUCGACUACCAGAAGAUGUACCGGAAUCGCAUCGAAGACGUGGAACGCUUUCUGGAGACGAGGCACUCCACAAAUUACAAGGUGUACAACCUGUGCUCGGAAACACGCAAUACGUACGCCAUGACGCGGUUUGGUGGACGGUUCGAGCGGUUUCCGUUCGACGACCAUAGCCCGCCGCCCUUAGGAUUGCUCUACUACUUUUGUGAAAGCGCACACGAGUGGCUGUCUUCACAUAAGGAGCAUGUGAUCGCGGUGCACUGCAAGGCGGGCAAGGGGCGGACGGGUACUUGUAUAUCAGCAUACUUCUUGUAUGCUCGUCUGUACCGGACACCCGCAGAGGCUAUGGCGGCCUACGGUAGUGCUCGAACGAAGAACCGGAAGGGCGUCACGAUUCCCUCCCAAAGACGGUUUGUGGAGUAUUUUGGGCACUGCUGCGAGCGGAGGCACGUCGUGGACCUGGAUUCGGUAUAUACGACGCAUCGCUUCCGCGACGAGGACCUCGGUGGAAGGGGCUGGGGAACGCCUUGUGAACAUUUACUUGAUCAAGCGUGGAACGCGCGCUGGCGUAAACAAGCGACGGACUGCCCGGCGCCGCCGCGGCGCGUGCUGAUACUCAACGGCGUGCGGUCCACCAUCGGGUUAGUGGACGUCACCUGCGGUUCAUAUGUUUAUAGCGGCUUGGGCGGCCGCCUUAUGAAAAGAGUGCCCCUCACGGAGGAGGUCCAUGUGUCCAUCAAGGGCAAGAAGAAGGGUUAUGGGUUUUGGUUCCACUGUUCGUUUGUAGAGGGCUCUAUUUUGCGUAUUACGAAGGCGGGGCUGGACAAGGCCUGGAAGGACAAGGCCUUCCCGGACGACGCCGCGGUCGAGUUAAUGUUUGGGCCGCUCACGACAAGAUAAGUAUUAUGUCCGUACAAAA